AUGCUGUUCACCACCACUAUUCUUGCCGCGCUGGCUGCUGCUCCCGCCCUCGCUCUGCCCACCAUCGAAGCGAAGGGCUCCAAGUUCUUCACCAGCGACGGAGACCAGUGGUACAUCAAGGGCGUGGCAUACCAACUGACUCCCGACGACCCCCUCGCCCAGGGAGACCAGUGCCAGCUCGACGCCAGCUUGAUGAAGACGCUCGGUGCCAACGCCAUUCGUGUCUACCACGUUGACCCCGCCGCCGACCACGACGCCUGCAUGAGCGCCUUCUCCGAUGCUGGCAUCUACGUCUUCCUCGACCUCGACACCUUCUCCACGUACGUCCUCCCCGACAACCCAUCCUGGAACGACACCCAGCUCCAAGCCUACAGCAAAGUCAUGGACGUCUUCCACAACUACGACAACGUCGCCGGCUUCUUCGUCGGCAACGAAGUCCUCACCACCGGCGCCAACUCGAUCGCCGCCCCUUACGUCAAGGCCGCUGCUAGGGACAUGAAGGCCUACCGCGACUCCAAGGGGUACCGCAACAUCCCCGUCGGCUACUCUGCCGCCGACAUCGCCCAGCUGCGUCCCAACCUCCAGAACUACCUCGCUUGCGGAUCUAACACGUCCGAGUCGCUGGACUUCUUCUCCUUGAAUGCGUACGAGUGGUGUGGUGAAUCGACGUUUCAGACGAGCGGCUACGCCGAGCUUCAAAAGAACGCCUCCGACUACAACAUCCCCAUCUUCUUCUCCGAAACAGGCUGCAACCAACCCUCCCCGCGCAACUUCGGCGACCAAUCCGCCAUCCUCGGCCCAGACAUGGCAGACACCUGGUCCGGCGCCAUCGUCUACGAAUGGAUCCAAGAAGCCAACGAGUACGGCCUCAUCACCUACAACCCCUCCUUCGACACAGACCCGGCCAACUUCGCCGUCAGCGGCACCCCGACGCCUCGCUCGCCGGAUUUCGACAACUUGAAGAGCCAGUGGGCGACGCUCUCACCCACCGGUGUCAAAGCGGCGGACUACAGGCCGAGUCUCACCCCGCCGCCCUGUCCUGCGUUCACGAGUGCGUUGUGGGAAGUCAACCGCGAUGUCGCCCUCCCGACUCUGAACCAGAAAUUCGACGCGCAGGUCUCGAGCGCAAUCAAAUCCGGAGGCUCUGCGGCCGCGGAGAGCACCGGCGAUGCGGCUUCUUCGGCCAGCUCAUCGAGCAGUUCGUCGUCGGGCCAGCGUGCUGUGGGUGUGGAGUCGCUUUUCUAUACUGUUCUGAGUUUGGUGUUUUUGUGGUGA